AUGUCAAUAUACAUGUGUCUAUGGUUUUGCUUAGCAGCUCUUGUUGCUGUUCAGGUUGGUGCUAAAUCUACGCAAAGGAUACUCGGCAAAAUUACAGAACAACAAGAUAAGGAUGAGGCUGUAGAACGUGUAAAAAGAUACAAUAACGACAACGCAGACUAUAUUUAUGUCGAUCUUGGACAAGAACAGAACAAAGAUGAACCUUAUGAAGUAAUAGAAAUAGGAGUACCUGGGCCUCCUGGGAAACAAGGUGCACAAGGGAUAAGAGGAUAUCCUGGUGAAGCUGGAACUCCUGGGUCAAAAGGAUAUAAAGGAGACCCUGGUAAAACAGGACGUGCUGGACCACGAGGGUUCACUGGGUCUACCGGACCAGAAGGUCAGAUGGGCGAUCAUGGUGAGAGGGGUAACACCGGAAUAAUAGGACCUGCUGGACCAUCUGGACCAAUUGGACCUAUUGGACACAGUGGUGACCACGGAAUGGACGGAGCCGAUGGACCACCUGGUGCUAAUGGUUCAAAGGGUGUACAAGGAGAACAAGGACCUCCUGGAAACUCUGGACUCCCUGGCCAAACCGGUCCAUCUGGUCUAUCCGGUCAUCCAGGACCGUCUGGUCCAACAGGGGAAAUUGGACACACUGGACCAGAGGGACCAAAGGGAGAUUCGGGGAGAUCAAGGAAACACUGGACUAAGAGGGGAAUCUGGAUCAAAAGGUCCAACUGGACCCACUGGUCCAAAAGGAGAUACUGGUCCUACAGGACCUUCAGUAUCUUAUUCACAUUUUUUUUUACAUGUAAAGCCCCAUGUGUUCCAUGCCCCGAAGGAUAUGGUUUGUUGGAUGACCAAACUGAUAGUCCUAAUUGUUUCUACUACGGUACAACUAAAGUUGCUACGUGGGUUGAUGCACAGGAAAUUUGUUCAAGUACAUUCGGAGCAAACCUUUGGAGGCCAAAUAGCGAAGAAGAAGCUAGUGCAGUCAGAGAUAAGUUCACUAUUCCCAUAGAUGAGAAGGUAUGGACUGGUGCAAAUGAUAUUUACGACAACGGUAUUUUUACAUUUGUCAUAGACGAUAGUGUAUUUUCAUUCGCUAACCCUCCAUUUGGAACAGUUGAAAACGCUGACUCCCAAGAUUUCUGUGUCUCUAUUGGAUUAGAAACUAAACCACCCACUUUCUCGAUAUGGGUUAAGGAAGAUUGUAACGAUAGCCGUUUGUUUGUAUGCGAAGUAUCUCCGACGACAACCUGUCCUGUUCCAUAG